AAUAUUGCAAACAAAAUGUCAUUUAUGUUUUCCAAAAUUCUAAGAAGAUUAUUCGUAAAUCUAAAUGUUUCUAAGUGCAAUAGUCACACUAUGCAUCAAAUAUCUGAUGUUUCUUUCCACGAAGAUGUUGGAAAACGUAUAAAACUACAGGGUUGGGUAAAGGCAGUUAGAAAGAUGAAAAACAGUGUUUUCGUUGAUCUCAACGACGGAUCCUCGAAAAUAUUACAAAUUGUUAUACCAAAAGAUAAGAAACCAGAUAAAUUGAGUUAUGGAAGCAGCAUCAAAGCAGAAGGAACAUUAGUUCUUGCUGAAAAUGGUAGUAUUGAAUUACAUGCAAAUGAUGUUACAGUAAUUGGUACAUGCGACGUUAUGGCUGGAUACCCUUUUGCCCCGAGAAAAGUAUAUAGCGAUGAAUAUGUUAGGAAAUAUUUGCACUUAAGACCAAGGACUAAAAGUUUCUCAAGCUUAUUAAGAUUGCGUAGUUCAGCAUCUACAGCUAUUGUAAAUUAUUUCCAAUCUAGAAAUUUUAUUAAUGUACAUACUCCAAUUUUAACCUCGAAUGAUUGCGAAGGCGCAGGUGAAUUAUUUCUAGUAAAACCACAUUCUGCCAAACUAUUGAAAAGGAAAGAUGUUUCGGACGAUGAAUCAUAUUUUAAUACCAGAACUUUCUUAACAGUUUCUGGACAAUUACAUUUAGAAACUGUUGCAAGAGCUCUUUUAAAGGUAUAUAAUUUUGGGCCAGCGUUUAGAGCUGAAAAUUCUAAAUCAAGAUUGCAUUUAUCUGAAUUUUACAUGUUAGAAGCUGAAAUGGCAUUUAUUGAUAAUAUUGAUGAUAUAAUGGAUGAAGUUGAACAGUUGAUAACAUAUGUUACCAAAGAUAUGAUUGAAAACUGUACUUCUGAUAUUCGUACAAUUGGCGGCCACGAACCAAAGUGGUUGAAUCAAAAGUUCAUACGUAUAACUUAUGAUGAUGCAAUUAAGAUUUUAGAAAAUAAUGUUGAACAAUUCGGUCAGCCUAUUGCAUAUGGAUGUCCAUUGACAAAGGAACAUGAAUUAUUUUUAGUAGAAUAUCACAAUAAUAUUCCAACAUUUGUCAUAAAUUGGCCAAAAGAAAUCAAACCUUUUUAUAUGAAAGAAUGUAACGAUGAUACUUCAAAGGUUGCUGCUAUGGAUCUCUUAGUACCUGAAGUAGGGGAGUUAGUAGGAGGGAGUAUUCGUGAAGAUGAUUAUGAAAAAUUAAAAUCAAAAUUACCUUUAGCAUCAAAUCUUUCUUGGUAUUUAGAACUUCGUCAAUAUGGCAAUGUUACAACAGGUGGUUUUGGAAUGGGGUUUGAAAGAUUUUUACAAAGUCUAUUGGGAAUAUCAAACAUUAAGGAUACUAUUGCCUUUCCUAGAUGGCCACAUAAUUGCAGUUUAUGAAUAAAGAUUUCAGGAUUGUUGUCUACUUGAUUAUUCCCAAACAUAACAGCUAUUGUCUACUAUUAAAAUACUAAAUGAAAGCCAUUUUAUUUGGUAAAAGUAAAGUAAACACGAAUAGAUUAAAAUAAGGCAAACACAUUUUGUAGAUAAAUAUAUCUGAUGUUUUAAGGACAUGAAGGUAAUAUUAAA